UGCAGUGUGUCAGUGUACAGUGUAUGUCAGAUAGUUAGCCGUCUUAACUGUCUUUUAUAUGAAAAUAUUGAUAAUGUCAGGUUAGUGUCAUUGUAUGAAAUGUCAGUAAUAAAAUACAUGUAUAAUCUAUUACAGCUGAGGUAGGGUUAAUGUACAGCUAACCAGUAGUUAAACGCGAUUAGCCUGUAAACUAACCUCGAAAAUGUGGGUAUUCGGAUACGGGUCUUUGAUUUGGAAAGUUGACUUUCCUUUUGAAGAAAAACGAAUUGGUUUCAUCAGAGGAUUUAGUCGAAGGUUUUGGCAAGGGAGCACUGACCAUCGAGGUGUCCCAGGGAAGCCAGGCCGGGUUGUGACACUAAUAGAAGAUACAGAGGGCUGUGUCUGGGGUGUUGCUUACAAACUUCCCUCAGGCCGGGAACAAGAGGUGAAGGAGUACCUAGACUACCGGGAAAAGGGUGGAUAUCGGGUGAUCAACGUGACGUUCCAUCCCAAAGAACAAGACAAGGAGCCCAUGCACGACACCCUACUGUACAUCGGCUCCUGCGACAACCCGGACUACCUGGGACCGGCUCCUCUCGAAAUGAUCGCGAAGCAGAUUAUGACCUCCGUGGGACCCAGCGGUCGUAAUACAGAAUACCUGUUCGAGCUGGCCGACGCUCUGCGACAACUUGUACCGGAGGACCCGGACGAGCACUUGUUCUCCCUGGAGCGACGUGUUCGCGAGUUGUUGGAGGAGGCCAUCAACUAAUUUGCCACGAAGUGAAGCCGUCUUAUUGCACGAACCCUCAGGGCACAAAAGUGACAAAUGGCCACUGGCUGUGGAUUCUACAGCAGCCGACGUCACUUAGUUUUAAUUAUACGUUCGAGUUCAGUGAUUUUAAAGUUAUAUUUCUACCAUACAUGUAUGGUGAUUUCAGGGACACCCAACCCUAAAGAUAUCGGCAACAAACCCCCACACAUCUGAUUGUUUCAAAAGCAACUAGAGGCUUUUGAUUAGGCCUUUUGCCACAGGGGGGCUUUUGAUUAGGUCAAUUCCAAGAAAAUGUUAGUCACAUAACUUCUAAUACAUUCAUGUGUAAUGAAACAACCAGAUGUUUGAGGUGAAUGACAAAUGGAACUCAAAAUUACCCAUGAAACUCCUAGAGGAGAAUGAGGUUAUGUCUACCAAUGUAGACAAAGUAUACAUUUGCUUCCACAACAACCAUGAAUUCAAAUUAUAGAUAAUCUUUAAAGAAAAGCUUAACACAUUAUUCAUUAACAGUCGUCUAUUUGAUUCACUUUGGAAACAAUCUUCCUAUGAUGUAUCAAUGCUACAUCCUCAAAGGCUCCCAACAGAACAGCAAGUCAAGCAAUUAUUAUCUGUAUGACUUCAGGAACCUGUUUAUCAGUAAAAGCAGGACUGCUUACCAGCCAAUGGCUCUGAAGCUGAUAAAGGCCUGUUGUUGCUCAGCAGCUGUUAUCGUCUCAGGAGGACGGUACUGAUGUUCAAAUUCUGCCCCAAUGAAUCAGGCUUCAAUAUUUCAAGGAAAAUGUUAUUUUUUCUAAAAUAUAACAAGAGUAGCCAGAUCUCAAAAUAUUGCCCAACAAUUUCUGCAAAUACAAUUUUGUGCCAGUUCAGAGUAAACCUACACCUUCAAACUUCAAAGACUAAAAGUGUACAAUGCAUCACAUUAUUUCUGUAAACAUGUUUAGACUCUUUCAUGGAUAUGUCCAGUGUAAUUGUCCGUAAUACAUUAUGAUGUGUAUUUGUGAAUGUUUUACCAACCAUAAAAAUGUAAAAGUUCUCAUCUGUAGGGUGAGGCACACUUCUACUCAGGUCAUUUUACCGUCUAAAAACCAAUAUGUCCAAACUGAACAAAAGCCAUCUCAUUUCACCUCAACAAAGCUGCUUUUACAAAAGUUGUGCUUGUCAUUGAAUUGGCUCACAUGCAGACUGUACCUCCAUACCAUGCCUCAUGUGUGACUGCAUUCAUUGUUCCACGGUUGUAUCCCCUAAAUAAUGACAAGUCCAAUUUCACUUUGAAAACUGUUUCCAGUGUGCUUAUUUGUCUGAACAAGGCGCUCAAACAUUCACAUCAAGCUUUCUACAACCCACAUUUGAAACGAAAGAAUGAAAU